GUCUUCUUCUUUUUUCCAUCUCGCGAUAUUUCUCCAAUGUCUGUGUCCUUCAUGUGAAAUCCAAAAUGGGUUAUUGGGAUCUGCAAGAAGGGAAGGAUUGUAUCGAGAAAACAUGGAUAACCACCAAAUUGGGCACAGCUCUAGGUAUCUAAAUCUAACAUAAAAAAAAGACAUUAUGGAAGUUAGCUAGCUGGCGGUAAAGAGCGGUACAGUAACACUAGACCCCAUAACCGGUUAACUUUAGCUAGCUACUAAGCUAACUAGCCAUAGCAUAGUUAACUGCCAUUCUAACGAACUAGUGCUAGCUUACUGUACUAGUAAGCAAUGUGUUGUUUUCAACGAAUGUAACGUCAGCUAAUGUUGUUCGGUUAGCUAGCUGCAGUCAGGCAGUAUAGCUAAGGCAGUAAAUUAAACUCUGCAUUUUGAAUGAUGUUUACCAGUUAGCUAGCAAGCUAAUCAUAGAUAACAUUCUUGUGACUUUCAAAAACAAAAUAGUUGGCAAGUAGGUAGUUAGCUAGCUAGUUAACCCAGUGCACAGUAUUCUAACAACCUAUUUUGUAUUUAUUUUUUUACAUACAGGGUUGGUGGGUUCAGCCUAUCACAUUGUGGCAUUCCAGCCUGAUUCCGCAAUCCAAGCUGUUCAGAGAGCCACAAAUGGCACAGUAACCAUGGGUAUGCAUGUCUCUAAUCUCAUACACUGUGAUAAUAAUCACCUGGCUUGCUGCCAUGAAGGUAUCCAAGUUUACACUUGAAUACCUAGCUACCCCUCCUAGACAACAGUGUUCAAGCUAGAAGGUUAUCUCAGAUCGGUACACUACAUUUUAUAAUAAUAAUAAUAACAAGAGGAUUAGUCCAGGGCCCAUAUCCACAAAGCAUCUCAGUAGGACUGCUGAUCUAGGAUCUGUCCAUAUAAUCUUAUUCAGUAUGGUCUAAAAUGCAAAACUGAUCCUAGAUCAGCACUCAGCUUUCUGGAUAUUGGCCCAGGUCACAAUGCUGCAAUUUACCUAAUAAACACCAGAGUCUCUACAGUUGCGUCGUUUGAGUGAUGGUGAAAGUGUGUCUGUUUGAUCUUAGUGUUUCAAUGGUGGUUUUUUUCUGUGAUCAGAUGUUUGUUAACAAACAACAUACAGUUAAGGUGAGUUUAUGCCAGUAUAAGUUCAUUUAGGGCUCUAUUCAAUUAUAUCCGCUUUAGCGGUGUCGGAGGUAUAACUGCGUUAGAGCUGUCAAAUCCACAAGCGGCUCCUGUCAUUAUACCUAAAGCGAACAUUGCUAUUAGCUGCACGGAGUUGCAUUGCGAGAAAUCCCAUGCAGCCUUGUUUACACGUUCAAACACUGGAAUGUGAGAUGUAAUUUACACCUCGAUUAGGCUGAUAGAAAUCCUCAUUAUUUUAUUUAAUGAUUUUCAAUUUGAGCGUAAUUAUUUCUAUAUAGCCUACACUUUCUUGUUCUGAACGGGACGGGUGUGGCUUCGUGAAAAUGAUCAAAUGCAGCUGCUCACCGAUUUGACAGCUCCAACGCAGUUACACUUCAGACACUGCCAAAACAUCAGCUAUGCGGGUGUCGGCAAUCGCCAGUUAGGCCUAACGCUGAUUGAAUCCAGGCCUUAAUUGGUUUGAUCUUUCCUUCACGACAGCUGCCUUGGGGGCGAUCUUUGGAAUGACCACUUGUCUAGCUGCACAGGCCCGGGAUGCUCCUGAUGACCCGGUGAACUAUUUCCUCGGAGGCUGUGCAUCAGGAGUCUUUCUUGGAGCUCGUAGUGAGUAGGCUAAAUAUUACAUAGUAUGCUGAAGAUUUGGGUUAGAUUCAGUAGGAAAAAACAGGAGCAAACGUUUUGAAACAGAUAAGGAAAAUGAGCAUUCUUAUUGGGAAAGUGGUAUUUGCCCUUCUGCCCUUGUUAACAUCCCACAUAGUUACCAUCAUAUUGCUGUCAUCUAUCAAGCGCUAUAAGAUCUUUGUAGGGCAGUGAACGUCUUCUCAUUGCUAGAUGAUGUUUGCUAGAGAUACAGAGGGGCAUCACAGAGAUUAUCCUCUUUCUUUUCCACUAAUAACAUGUCUUUGUUUCUUUAUGAUACACAGCUCACAGUGCAAUGACAGGCACAACGGCGUGUAUUGGGCUGGGGACACUGGCCAUGUUCACCAAGGUGGGCAAGAUGGAGGGCUGGAGAUUAGCGGGACCACCCAGGAUGUAAACAGCCCAAGGGGGAGACUAUAUAUUGACAUGUAUAUUGAAUAUUCCUUGAAUAAACUUGUGUGAAAGAGUCUA